AUGGCAACGCCGACAGAUAACGAUGCUGCGAGGACGUUGCGUUCGCCGUCAGAGGACGCUGGGCUCUUGCGGAGAUCGUGGCAUGCAAUGUCAGACUUGUUUUCGCCUUUUUCUUCAACGGCGCUCUCGUCGCUGCCUAGAAAUCCUCAGGGAAUUCGAGAUAGAAGUACGAGAGCAGACAGGAUUCCAGAGAAUCGAAACUAUGGCGCCGUCGACCUCCCGCCUGGCGUGCGCGUGCCAAAGAAGCUAGCCACUCCUAUCAAGGUUGAAGGAAAAGUAUGGCUUGCAGCAGAGAGAACAUGGAUCUCGUAUCUGAAUAUUGCACUCCUGUUGGGGAUGCUCUCAAUUACCUUGUUCAAUGCAACUUCGGACCCAAUUUCGACGCGAUUUGCGUAUACGUACGCCGCCAUCAGCGUCAUUGUCCUCGUGAGUCCCACUACCUUUGGGGUGCACGUUCGUUGGCUCAUCGCUUGUGGCGGGUAG